UCUCAAUGUUUUUGAACUACAAAAGAAGACUGCACUUGCUAUGGGCAAAACACUUCGAGAAGAUGAAGAAGAAAUGAGGCGGGCAGCAGCACUAAUGGAGAUAAUGGGAAGAGUGAGAUUUGUGCUAAUAUUAGAUGAUGUAUGGGAAAAUUUUUCUUUGAUUGAUGUUGGAAUCCCAAAACCAACACUCCAGAAUAGGUGCAAAGUAGUUAUCACCAGUAGAUCGACUGAUGUAUGCAAUUUUUUGGGUUGUGAGAUUGUUAAAGUGCAGCCUCUUUCACCAGGGGAGUCUUUAAAUCUAUUCCUCAAUAGGGUUGGACAUGAUGUUUUACAAGUUGCAGGAUUGGAAGAAAUGUUGAAGCUUAUUGUGGAGGAGUGCGCCGGUUUACCGUUGGCAAUUGUUGUAGUAGCAGGGUGCAUGAGGGGAGAAAAAGACAUUAUAGAGUGGAGAAAUGCACUAAAUGAAUUACGCCAGUGUGUAAAGAGUGUGAGAGUUAAGGAGGAUAUGAUAUUUAGGCGGUUAAAAUUUAGUUACGACCGUCUAGGAAGUUUGGAAAUCCAAAAAUGUUUUCUUUAUUGCUCCUUGUUCCAAGAAGAUUAUGAGUUUUCUAGAAAGAAGUUGAUAGAAGGUUGGAUUGAUGAAGGAUUGAUUGAUGAGUCGGGCAGAAGACAAGAAGUUUACGAUAGGGGUCAUGUUUUUUUAAAUAGGCUGGAAAAGAACUGCUUGUUAGAGAAAACUGUUGAUAGGUUUUCUGAUGAAGUUUUUAAGAUGCAUGAUGUUGUGAGAGACAUGGCUAUCAAAUGCAUUGGUCCUGGAUUUGGAUAUAUGGUAAAAGCUGGUAUGAAAUUGACAAAGGUACCGAAUGAAAGUGAGUGGGUAAGAGAUCUUAAGAAGGUCUCUCUAAUGGCAAAUGGCAUUUCAAAAAUUCUGGUUGGUUUGUCCCCAAAGUGUCCUUCGCUGUCAACUUUGAUGUUGUCAAAAAAUCCUAAUUUGUCAGAGAUUUCAAGUUCCUUUUUUGAAGAUAUGGUCGGGCUUAAGGUUCUUGAUCUUUCUGGUACUGGUGUUGAAGCUUUACCUGAUUCCAUCUCUAACUUGGUGAAUCUCUCUGCACUGCGGUUGUGGGAGUGCCAGAGCUUAAAGUACCUGCCUUCCUUAGCAAAGCUCAGGGCAUUGAAGAAGUUGGAUCUGUCUGAGGCAGGGAUUGAGGUGGUCCCUCAAGGCAUGGAGAUGUUGAUAAGUCUUGAAUAUCUUGAUUUAUAUUGUCCAAAUCUGAAAGAGAUUCCAAUGGGAAUAUUACCUAGCCUUUCCAGUCUCCAGUACUUGGUUGUAUAUCCAAGCAGUGCAAUUACUAAAAGGAUACAUAUAGAAGAGGUUGCUAGUUUGAGCAAUUUGGAGAGUUUGGAAUGUGGAAUGGAGGUCCAAGACUUCAACUAUCUUAUUAAUAAGUCUAAAGAUUUUGAGAGUCUUACGGCUUAUGAACUUCGACUGACAACAGGUGAACGAGAAAUCACAGCUUACGGAUUUUUUAAUAAAUAUCAACGUAAGGUUUUAAUUGCUGGGUUGGAGAUUGAAGAAGAAUGUGUAGUGCUUCCAGAAACUCUUGAGAAUUUGCGGAUCGCUUGCUGUAAAAACAUGAGAUGCAGCUUAAACAAAACAGUUUUGUUAGAAAAUGCAACCGAGUUGAGAAGGUGUUCUAUUGAUGAUUGUGAAGGGAUAGAGUGCAUAGUAGAGUUGGACUCAUCCUCCUCCUCGUUGUGUUGUCCAGUAUUGGAUAAGCUUGAAGACUUGGAUCUUCACAUUUUGCCUAACUUGAGUGUACUUGUGAGAGUGGAAGGAGUAGCAACACCACCGCACAUCUUUUCCAAUCUUAAAUAUCUUAGAAUAAGAUUUUGUUCAGCAAUGAGGAAUUUGAUUCCACUUGGGCUGCUGCAGGCCCUCCAAAACUUAGAGUGCAUUAUAGUUAGGGGAUGCAGACAAAUGGAGGAGAUAAUAGCAUCAUCAGAUUCAGAUGCAUCAUCAUCAAAUAACAUCACUUUCACUUUUCCUAAGUUACGGGUAUUGACCUUGGUGGAAUUAUACCAAUUGAAAAGCAUCUGCAGUGGCAAAGGAGUUAUGGUUUGUGAUUCUAUUGAAGUUAUUCAAAUAAGUAAAUGUCCGAAGUUGGAGAGGAUACCUUUACAACUUCCUCUCCUUGAUAAUGGCCAGCCAUCUCCUCCUUCUUGUCUCAGAGAAAUCAAGAUAGAUGAUAAGUCAAAAGAAUGGUGGGAAUCGGUGGUGGAGUGGGAUCAUCCUAACGCUAAGAACAUACUCCAACCUUUCUUGGAAUUUAGUCCACCUCAUAAAUGGGGAUAUAACUGAAUAAGUCACGUGCGAGCCCAAUAACACGUGCCAAUAAAACCCCUUCUUUCAGUACUCCACAACAGGAACAAAGCCAAAGAUGCGUCUGAUAUGGGAAGCCUAUGUAUUGUGGAAGAGAUGAGAAUGAGAUUGAGAUGCAUCCACCCUUCACCCUCUGCUCUACCGUCCUAUCUCAUAAACUCCAACUAUCAUCUUUUCUCAAGCAAAGGCAACUUCUCUCGUCGGAACAGCAAAGCAAAAGAAAACGGGACUGGAAUCACCUACUGCCAGUAGUCUUUGAUUUCAUUGACAAUAAUGUUAGAACUUAGAUUUUUUUUUUUCCAAUUUAUGUCUUUUUUUAAUUGUAUUGGAUGAACUUGGUUUUGUUUCUUUUGGUAAUUUGUUUGUGUUGUAAGUUGCUAAGCAUGUUAUGUUAUGGGAUUUCUACUCUUGUUUCUAUGGUGCUUCAUUGCUCCAUAUAUUCAAUCUACUAUCAAUUUGAAAUCUUAAAUUUUUGUAAUAUGUACCUUUCAUAUUUGCUUUGCUGACUUGACCGCUGGAGAACAUUUCAACGAAACUCCACUACCUUUUUCCACUCUUAUUGAAGUGAACAGAAAAAGGGGUUCCUGUCUAGGAAUCCAUAACAGAAAAGUACUCAGCUCUCAUAAAUCCUAAGUACACAAUCAGUAGGCAAUUGACAGGAAGAGAUCCAGGCUCUAGUCUCCGAUAAACUCCAAGUAGUUUCCUACAAGUGGCUGAGUUGCAACCUUUUGGUUUCAUGAAAUGUUUCAAAGAGGUGUACAAUGUUCAAGGAUGCAUUGCAAAGUGUUGUGAGCUGUGUGCUCUGGAAUGCUGAAUUUUUCAAGGCUUCAAGAGCUUUCCUAAAGUGGCAACCUUCAAAUAUUGAAAAUUCUUUAAGAGAUAACAGGUAGGCUUUUUUUGGUUAUUUUAGUUGAGAUUUUUUGAGAAUUUGGUAGUUGAUUCUGCUUCUGGCUAUCUUCUAACGAAACAUUUUUCUUUUUGAGAUCACAACUUGCUUUCAAGUUGUUUGCCUCUUGAAGUGCUUCUUCUCAUAUAUUUUUAUUUGCUAAUAAAGAAAAUUCUGUGGU